CUGGAUCAGGCUGUUCGCUCAUUCAAACCAUGAACCACCCAACCGUGCCCCUCUGUUGCCUGUGCAAUGUGUCACGUAUGGUAUGUAAACAGUGAACGUUCCAAUCACUUCUCCUAGUCCGUACUACCAACUAGUUUAUGUUCUCUAGAUCCUCCGAAACUGCAUGCCCAACAACAUGGACGACUCCAGCGGAGAAACGAAAGAUCAACCAAAGUUUGGACAUUUGAAGGAUGCAGGUGGCCGCCGGGAUGAUGUCAAAAGAGAAAACUGGGGCGGUCGUUUUGACUUCGCUCUAUCUUGCCUGGGCUACGCCGUGGGGCUCUCCAAUAUUUGGCGCUUUCCCUACCUGUGCUACAAAAACGGAGGAGGUGCAUUCCUGGUACCUUACUGCACACUGCUCCUCUUCGUGUGUAUACCUCUGAUCGUUCUGGAGUUUGCCAUUGGUCAGUACAGCUCUAGCAACUUUGCCAAGAUAUGGCGAGCAUUACCAAUCAUGAGAGGGAUUGGAUACUGUCAGAUGAUGUCAUUCUUUGUUGCUAACGGCUACUACAAUGUUGUAAUAUCCUAUGCCAUCUACUACUUCUUCGCCUCUUUGACGUCUCACCUGCCAUGGGUUGGGUGUGGUCACAAGUGGAACACGCUCUACUGCAGCGAUCUCUACGACGACUGCCUUAAUCAAGACGGGAUUAUAAUGUCCAAUGGGAGUUGUGCCAACGUGACUCUGCUGUCGGAUGAAGAACUUGCUGGAUACAAUGUCACAGUCUUUAACGACACUUUUCUGGAUUUCAGCAACUAUACGGAUCCUAUAAAGAACAUGCGCGUUCUACCAAGCGAGGAAUACUGGACAAACGAGCUGUUACGGGAGUCGUCCAGCAUCGAGAAACCAGGUGGUGUUGUAUGGCAGCUCGCUCUCUGUAACCUCUUCGUCUGGGUUGCCAUUUUCCUCAUCAUCGCCAAAGGUAUCAAGACUUCUGGCAAGGUGGUGUACUUCACGGCACUGUUCCCGUAUGUAAUGAUGACAGCUCUGCUUAUACGUGCUGUAACACUGGACGGAUACAUGGAUGGAAUUCGCUACUUCGUGAAACCUACAUGGAGUAAGAUUGUACACCCACUGCCUUGGAAGGAUGCAGCUCAACAAGUGUUCUUCUCAUCAGGCGCAGGAGGAGGCGGUCUUUCUACCAUGGCCUCGUUCAACAGGUUCCACAAUACGUUUGUCAGUGAUGCGUUGAUCGUGGCCGUUGGAAACAGUUUGACUAGCCUCUACUGCGGGUUCGCUGUCUUUGCCAUUUUAGGGUACAUGGCAAAGCAGAUUGGAGUUCCAGUACAAGAGGUCGUCAAAGGAGGGUUUGGUCUUGUCUUUGUGGUUUGUCCUGCAGCCUUAGCUAAGUUUCCUGGUGCACCCGUUUGGUCAGCUUUAUUCUUCUUUAUGAUUUUCCUACUAGCACUAGACAGUCAGUUUGUAUGCGUUGAAGCGAUGGUAACUGUCAUUUUGGAUGCGAUGCCGCGGUUAAGAAGAUGGCGGGUCUCAGUAUGUGCAUUCAUCUGUUUUGGAAUAUAUCUCACAAGCUUCUCCUACGUCACGAACGCCGGGCCGUAUUGGGUUGCCCUCAUUGACAGCUACGCCUCUGGCUGGAUCUCAAUGGUUACCGGAAUCGCCAUUCCGAUCUCCUUCACUUGGGUUUAUGGCUUCGACCGCCUUAAGAAUGACAUAAGGGCCAUGCUGGGAAACAAGACUGUGAACCACUGGACAUUCUAUUACUGGAAAAUAUGCUGGAUAGUCGUGACACCGGGUAUACUCGUGGUCAUCCUGAUAUAUAACAUAAGUAAUUGGUCGCUUCCAGAGUACAACGGCCCUUUCCCUGCUUGGUGUCACGUGAUUGGUUGGUUGUUCAUAGCGGGUACGCUAGUCUUCAUACCAGGUGUUCCGAUUUUCGACAUGCUGCGUUCAUCCGGGUCAUUUCGUGAGCGUCUUCGCCGGCUUUGUCGAAUCGAUCCUAGCUGGGGACCCUCCCAGCCCGAGGACCGCCUGCUCGCUUACGGUAUCCACGAGGAGUAUGGGACCACAAUGGGAGGAGUACUCGAUGUCGAUGAUCAGGAGAUGACAGAGAAAAAUGGCAAUAUCGACUUCGACUUAAAACCUUUCGAGACUGAUGUGAGCAGUAACCGCAAUCAUGGCAAUGGAAAUCACGAUAAUAGGCAGUAUGGUCGGUUAGAUCAAUAGGUUUUGUGUUCUUGAUAAUGACAAUGGCAGAUCUCUCUCUCUUUCUCUUCUCUUCUUCUCCCCUUCUCCCCCUCUCCCCACCUCCUACCCCUUCUCUCCCUGUCUCUCUGUUGGUCUCUUUCUCUCGCUCCCCUUUCCCCCUCCUGUCUGAUUUUGGAGCCGAGAUUAAAAUGCGACUUUUAUUUUCCAACACCAUUUUCACGUUUUUAACAAUAUUAUAUCAGGCAAUUUAUUUUAAUUGGUGAAAGGAAUUCGCCGUGAUUACGUUUCUGAAACGCCUUAUGAAUAGAUUUUAUGUUUGGUUUUCAGUUAAAAUAACUUAUGAUAAGUAAAUUAACAGGGAAAUCGCGUAUAUAUUAUGAUACUGUAAAGAUUAUAAUAAUUGUAUUCGUUGAAAAUCGCUAUCGUACAGCUUUAAAUGAUUGCUUUCGGAAUUGUCUUAUGGUGACCCAUAACUAAAACUUUUGAAAUAACUUGUAUGUUCUUGAAAGGUAUUCUUUUAUUGUAAAAACGCUUAUUAUUGUAUAUUGCUUUUUAGAACGCCUUAUGAAUAGAUUGUUAUGUUUUUUCAGUUAAAUAACUGAUGAUAAGUAAAUUAACAAGAAAUCGCGUAUAUAUUAUGAUAUUGUAAAUAUCAUCAUUAUUGUUUUCGUUUAAAAUCGUACAGCUAUAAAUGAUUGCUUUCGAAAUUGUCUUAUGGUGACCCAUAACGAACCUUUUCAAAUAACUUGUAUGUUCGUGAAAGUUAUUCUUCUAUUGUAAAAACGCUUAUCAUUGUAUAUGCGUUUUUGGUCUCGUUAAAAUUAAUUUCUAAUAAAACUUAAAACGGAUUAGUUGCAACAAAAAA